AUGGCCGAUGUCUCAAAUAAUGAGCGCAAAGUAAAGCUUACAAAAAGCGGAAAAGUCGUUAAAAGACGUUCAAGGAAUCCAGAAGAAUGGCACAAGCAAAAACAAAAACGUCUGAGAAUAGCUGGAUUAGAAUAUAUAAAUGCAAAUGGAAAAGUCGUACCGCCGAAACAACCAGGAUCCGAUUGUAAUUGCCGAAGACGAUGUUUUCAGAAAGUGCCGGAAGAUAUUAGAUUAAAAACAUUUCAGGGUUUCUACUCUAUGAAAACACAUGAUGAACAAAAUGCCUAUUUAUUUGGACUCAUGAGGCAGGUUGAUGUGAAAAGAAAAAGAGUUAAAACUAGUAGCCGCCGUACAUGCACGUUCGAAUACUUUAUUCGAGUUAAAGGAAGGGAGACGCAAGUGUGCCAAACAGCAUUUAAAAACAUACAUGCAAUAACAGAAAGAAAAGUAAGAGUUCUUUGCAAAAAAAUGGAUGAUGGUGUCAUGUUCCCUAGUGAUAACCGUGGCAAAAAUAGCCACAGAAGGUCUGGAGAGGUUCGACUGCCAUCAGGUAUUUUAGAUCAAAUAAAAAAUCACAUUUAUUCCAUUGUCCAUACUCAUCGGCUGAAAGAUUUCAUUAGAUUGGACAAAAUUGCUGGCUUAGAAAUAAAUAUUUCUAAAAUGUGGAAGGAUUAUAUAAAAACCUAUGACCCUGAUAAUAUAACAGCAACAAUGCCCAAAUCUAAAAGAAGUAUGGAUGUAAGCGGUCAAUUAGAACCACCGCAACCACAACCUCACACUGCACAAGAUCCUUUAGCAUCUCUUGCAUAUCCUGGAAGUGGCCAUCUAGUUAAUAUUGCAGAAAACUAUUUCCAAAACCAAUAUCAAACAACUGCCUUAGCCACAGGAACACCAGCAAAUUUCUAUCAAACUGCUAACGGAGGUCAAGGUAUGGGAAUAUUGCUUCAGUCUGGUGCACCUAGACCUACUCCUGCUCAAUCAGUAGGUUUUAUUGUUCUACAAACUAAACCUGAGCCUCAACAACAUUCUAGUAUGAGUAUGGACAACUCUGGUUAUCAUCAAGCUGAAGAAUUACUUGAGGAACAAGACAAACCAGAAAAGAAAAUUAAAAAAGAAAAAAAGAAAGGACCUAUGGUGAAACAAUGGAGGUACACAAACAUAUUUCAUGAUGAAAUAAAUGGAGCCGCAUUGGCUGCUAUUAAAACAAGACUAGGAAUGUAUUAUGCUGAAAGUGAUGCCGCAAGAAAGAAAGCAAAGCAAGUGGCACGACCAGUUGAUCCUCUGCAGACACAGGCACCCACAGAUCAAAUACCACAAAUGAGGCCCACACACACUGUUACAAUUUACACUUAA